UCUCAUGUAUCAGAAGGGAAACAUGGCUGUCGGUGGCGCCGUGCCGGAAGGGGAAUUGGCAGAUUGUGUCAUGAAUAUACGUCUUGCAACUGGGGAUCAUGCUCAUUCUGUGGUCGAAAAUGGUGCCUUAACAUUUGACAAGGACUAUGAGCAGUGGGUCAAUGAGCAUCAAAAACUGAUAAACGACCUAAGAACGGCAAGUAAUUCGCCAGUGGAUAAGGAUAAUGAUGAUGAUCUGCAUAAUGUUGUUGAGGGUGUAAGAGCCCACUACGAUGAAUUAUUUAGGUUAAAGAGCAAAGGGACAAAGGCUGAUGUAUUUCACAUGUUCUUUGGCAUGUGGAAGACGCCUGCAGAAAGAUGCUUUAUGUGGUUAGGUGGAUUCCGACCAUCUGAACUUCUUAAGAUAUUAAGGAAGCAGCUUGAGCCAUUUGCGGGGCAGCAAUUGAUGGAGCUAUAUAAUCUGCAGCAGUCUUCGAUGAUGGGGGAGGAAGCUUUAUCACAAGGCAUGGACGCAUUGCAAGGCAUUCUCUCUGAGAUACUUUCUUCAUCUUCAACCUCCCUCGGAUCCACCAGUUCUGCAAAUUCUGCCAAAUACGAUAUCAUGGAACUUGCUAGGAGCAAGCUGCUCAACUUACAGGAUUUCCUUCCUGUGGCUGAUAAUUUGAGGCAGCAAACUCUGCGGCAGUUGCAAAGAAUCUUGACCACGCGACAAGCAGCUCGAGCCUUCCUACUCAUAAAUGAUUACAUUUCCCAACUACGAAAUAAUCUUUGUAGGCUCGCUCAUCAGAAUCAAGUGGCUAAGAGGAAGUGUCGGUCGGAAGAAAAGGGUACACUAAUUGCAAUCGAGUAUCCUGAGGAUCAUUGUCGUUCAGUGGUUAGAAAUGGUGCCUUGGCAUUCGACAAGGACUAUGAGCACUGGUUAGAUGAGCACCAACGUGUGAUCAACAAUCUAAGAACGGCUUUUAAUUCUCAGAUGGGAGACAAUGAUGAACUGCAUACUACCAUUGUUGCUGUUACAUCACAUUACGAUGAAUUAUUCAGGUUAAAGAACAUAGGCACAAAGGCUGAUGUAUUUCACAUGCUCUCUGGUGCCUGGAAGACGCCUCUCGAAAGAUGUUUUAUGUGGUUAGCUGGAUUCCGAUCAUCUGAUCUUCUCAAGAUAGUGAGGGACCAGCUGGAGCCAUUAACAGAGGACCAAUUGAUAGGGUUGUAUAAUUUGCAGCAGUCUUCGUUUCAGGCUGAGGAUGCUUUGUCACAAGCCAUGGGAAUGUUGCAUCAAAAUCUUUCAGAGACACUUUCCUCAUCAGCAGCCUCCCUCGGACCCACUGGUUGUGGAAAUGUUGCCCAACACAUGGAUCAAAUGGCACUUGGUAUGAAAAAUCUUGACAGUUUGGAAGCAAUCCUCCAUCAGGCUGAUAUCUUGAGGCAACAAAUUCUGAAUCAACAGUUGCCAAGAAUCUUGACCAUGCGACAAGUAGCACGUGCAUUCCUUGUCAUAAAUGACUACAUUUCUCGAAUAAGGAAUGUAAAAUGUGGGAGCUGUCCUGUGAUUGAUAGUAAACUGUAACAUGUUGGAGAUCUCUUAUGAAUAUGGUCCCAUUUAGUAUGUUGGAAGGAAUGGGAUAUAUAUGAUGAAACAUAAGUACGUUUAGCAUGUCAAAUAAAGUAAAUGGAAUCUUCGAAUGCUUUUUGUUU